GGAUUAGACUGACCCACUUCACUGCCAAUCAAUCGCAGAGAGACUGCAGCAGCGUAGAUCUCACAUGCUGCGGUGCCCGAGAUCUCAGGCUGACGCGCUGUCGGAUGCGAGUGGUGUUAGAGGGAUGGUGCCAAUAACGUGAGGUUUUGGGAGGCUGAUUAUUCAGGCAAAGCACGUGUCAAUGGAGAAUCCAGUCGGGAGACACUUCCAAUGCCGAAAUAAGGCACGGACCCGGAAAAAGAAAAAAGGAGCAGAACACAAGAAAAUAUGAUGCCAAACACCAAAACGCACAUAGAGCAUACUAGAAGCGGCUGCUGGUUUGUGCUACAGACGACCUGGUCAUCAUCAUCGUGAUUCGUUAAUCUUGGUGACAAUUUGAGGCGCUCGCUCUCUUCUCUCCCUCGCUGUUGUGUAAACUUAAAGGGGUCCUCUUUUUCUCAGUUUGUCUGUCUCAAGACUUGAGCUUUCUUAGCUUCCCUUACAGAUCAAGCUUGCUGACAGCACUUGAUGUACAGAAAGGAAUUUUUGGGACUUUUUACUUUUGAAUAGAAAAAAGGAGAUUAAAAUGGCUGCUACCGAGGGCUUCAUUGAUGUUCGUGAUCAUGGAAUGUCUCUUGACAAGAAAAAGGGUAGAGUGCAAUGCAAUUAUUGUGGUAAAGUGGUCAGUGGUUUCUUCCGUCUAAAGUGCCACUUAGGAGGUAUACGUGGUGAUGUUAUCCCUUGUGAAAAUGCUCCUCAAAAGGUGAGGGAACAGUUUAGAGACAGUUUGCUUGAAAGAAAGACAGAAGGCUUUUACAAGGAAGUUGGAGAGCCCUAUCACCUAAAUCUUCCUCAGAAGAGGAAUUGUUGUCCUAACCUGAACACUGUUGAACAUAAGAAGCAUGAAAUCUCCCUAAAUGGCAGUUCCUAUUUUGCGAGGCAUGUUGAUACAGACUCUUCUGCAGAAGACACUCUGUUGGACACUGCUCCUUGUCCCAAUGGAAGUAUAGGUUCCCAAGCAGCCAUAAAUUGUGAAUCAAGAAAAUAUUCAUCAUCAAGUGAAGCCCAAAAAUGCAUUGCUAGAUUCUUCUAUGAAACGGGUGUAGAUCUCAGUGCUGCCAAUUCUCCUAGCUUUAAAAGAAUGAUAAAUGCCACACUUGGUCAUGGUCAGAUGGAGUAUAAUAUCCCUAGUUGUCAGGAACUAAAAGGGUGGAUGCUUCAUGAUGAGAUGAAGGAGAUGCAAAAGUAUGUGAAGAAUAUUAGGCAUUCAUGGGCAAGCACGGGGUGCAGUAUUUUGUUAGAUGGAUGGAUUGAUGAAAAGGGUCGACAUCUGGUUAAUUUUUUGGUGGAUUGCCCUCAAGGCACUGUUUAUCUUCGGUCGUCUGAUGUUACAUCCCUCAUUAGUGAUGUUGAUACAUUACAGUCGUUGUUGGAUGGAAUUAUUGAGGAGAUUGGAGUUGACAAUGUCGUUCAAGUGCUGGCAUGUUCUACAAAGGGUUGGAUGGGAGAUGUAGGCAAGCAAUUCGUGGAUAGAUGCAAGAGAGUAGUGUGGACUGUGAGCGCAUCCCAUUGUAUUGAGCUUAUGCUAGAGAAGAUUGGGAUGAUUGAAUCUAUCAAAAGGAUAUUAAAUGAAGCCAAGACAAUUAUAAAGUUUAUUUAUGGCCAUGAAACCGUUUUGAGCCUUUUGAAGAAACAUACUCUUGGCCGCGACCUAAUUAAGCCCUCCAAAACGAGAUUGGCAAUGCCCUUUAUGACUCUAGAGAAUAUUGUAUCCGAAAAGCAUCAUUUAAAGGAUAUGUUUGCCUCAUCUGAGUGGAAAACAUCAUUCUGGGCUUCUAGAACAGAGGGAAAGAGGGUGGCUGAUUUGGUGGGAGACCAAUCUUUCUGGAAUGGAGUUGGGAAUGCCUUAAAGGCAACUACACCACUGGUGCGUGUUCUAUUUUUGAUCAAUCAGGCUGAUAAGCCACAGGUAGGGUACAUAUAUGAAACAAUGGAUCAAGUAAAAGAGACAAUUAAAGAGGAAUUUAAAAAGAAGAAACCCCAUUACAUGCCUUUCUGGCAAGUGAUUGAUGAGAUUUGGGACACCCAUCUCCAUAGCCCCAUCCAUGCUGCAGGGUAUUAUUUAAACCCAAGUCUCUUCUAUUCAAGUGAUUUCUUUGGUGAUGCCGAGGUUGCAUUUGGCCUUUUGAGCUCAAUUGUCCGCUUGGUACAAGAUCAAAGAAGUCAAGAUAUGAUAUCCCGACAACUUGAGGAGUACAGACAUGCUAGAGGUAGUUUUGAAGAGGGGAGUACCCUUGACCAAAGAACCAACAUGCCUCCAGCCCUGUGGUGGUCUCGUUAUGGAAGGCAACAUCCUGAGCUACAGAGAUUUGCCAUUCGUAUUUUGAGCCAGAACUGUGAUGGUGCUUCAAGAUACGCCCUCAAAAGGAGUUUGGCUGAGAAGCUAGUCACAACUGGAAGGAAUCCAAUUGAGCAGAAACGAUUGAAUGAUCUGGCAUUUGUGCAUUAUAAUUUGCAACUGCAGCAGUUUCAGUCAGGCACAAAGCUUGACAUUGUGGCUGAAGAGAUUGACCCAAUGGAUGAUUGGAUUGUUGAUGAAGCACCAGAGACUGUAUCUCAAAAUGGUCUAUUUUCAUUGAUAAACUUUGAUACUAAUGGGGAAGGACCUUCUAAUAUUCGGGCAAAGAAAGAACCCUGGUAAGGUUGGGAAAAGGAUAGGAUAGCAAUAUAAUUUUCACAGGAUUCCAAUAGAUGCUUUAGAAUCAGUGUUACUAUAAUGUACAUGACAUUUUUGUCUCCUUUAUGUAUAUAUUUGUUAUCUAGCUUCGCUUA